AUGAGACGACGACGACAGUUGUUGUUCGCGGACUCGAUAAAAUCUGCGUUCAUGCGACGCGUUUCUGAGACUGUGUCGUCGUCGUUACCAUCGAGGAGCAUCGACGUCGUUUUAGACGCGAGACAGGAGGAAGUCGUCGAGCGUUUAUCGAGUUUGUGCGACGACGACGAGAACGACGAGAAUGAUAACAACAACAACAACUACUACAACAACAACAGUACCAGCGGAAAAAGAAGAAGUAAGAAGAGCGGCGUGUAUUUGUACGGAUCACCGGGCCGAGGAAAGACGGUACUCGUGGACAGUUUCAAGGAUGCGUUCACGAACGAAGAGAAGAAAAAAAUCAAGUCGCUUUCGUUUCGCUCGCUCAUGGACGAGAUGCACGAGAACUUGAUGAAGAUACGAAAUAAUGUGCGAAAUCCAGUGCGAGAGAUUGGGAGUCGGUAUAAGAAAGCGCACGAGGUUUUAAUCGUGGACGAGGUGGAGGUGACCGACGUCGCCGACGCGCGGAUCUGGAAAGCGUUCGUGGAGAGUUACUUAACGGAAGACGACUUGGAAAGCGAGAAGAAGAACACGAAGAAGCGGGAGAAGAACGCGAAGAAGAGAAACAUAUUAGUGUGCACGUCGAAUUUUAAGCCGAAACAGUUGUAUAAAGGUGGGUUGAAUUGGAAGAGUUUGCUGGUGUCGGAGGUUUUGAGCGAACGUUUGGAUGCGGUGUCGUUGGACGGCGAGGAGCACGAGUCGCCAGAGAAAUUUCGAGACUAUCGAAAAGCUUCGUUCGCCGCAGAAGAAGCAUCGGCACGUAAAAUCGAGGGAGGGACGUCGUCGUUGUCGUCGUCUUCGUCGUCGAUGAUUUUCGGGGACGAUGCCGACGCCAGCUUACGACUACACUGGGAAAAAUUGCUUUCUUCGAAGAAUAGGUCGAAAAGACACCAUCAUGCUCUUUCAGAUCGAUUGGAAAAAGAUAUACAAAGUGCAGCGACGAGUAUCGAGGCGAACGCGAAAGCGGCGUACUUUGAUUUCGCCGCUUUGUGUGGCGCGAACGCGAAAUGGUCUCCGAGAGAUUACGAGAAUCUUUCUAAAGCGUACGAAUUUGUGUUUUUGGAAUCGAUACCGGUAUUAGACGUCGCCAUUCUCGGUGAAGACGUCGUCCGGCGCUUCGUGAUGGUCAUCGACGCUUUAUACGCGAACAAAACGAAGCUUUACUGUUCAUCGCCAUCGACGAAGAGCAUAGCCGAUUUGUUCCCGCAAUCAUCAUCAACACCGUCGCGCGAAAACUCUUCCUCCUCAACUGCAACGGCAACGACAACGUUCGUAUCCAAAACAGGAGGCGCCUCCGGGCGAAACGCGACCAUGCUUUCCGAAAAUAUCGAAUGGUCCGCCACCGGUUUAACCAAAGCCUCCCUAGCUGCGUUGUCCUCGGGGAGUUUCACGGACAAAUCCAAGCCGAGAUGCCAGUCGCGUUUGUACGAGAUGAAAACCGAGGCGUACAAAAGAGACCGCCCGGCGUAG